AUGGCGAAACCGUAUCCUCAAGUUGUUCUCCUUGGAGACUCGCUGUUCGAGUUCGCGGCCCUCACCUUGAGCGGCUUCUCGUUCCAGUCGGCUCUUCAAACAAGGCUGAUACGACGCUUCGACGUGGUCAACCGCGGCUUCUCGGGCUGGAACACGGAUAAUGUCGUCAAGCAUCUCUCGGAGCUCUUCUUGGAGCCGUCUCCUUCGGCACCAAAGCUUGCGUAUCUGAUUAUUCUCUUGGGAGCAAAUGACGCAGUGCUGCCACUAGAAACUACACCGCAGAAUGUUCCUAUUGAGAGGUACAAGGAGAACUUGAACAAGAUCAUCAAUGAUGCCCGGAUACGAGCCCACAACCCCAAGAUUCUGCUGGUCACUCCUCCCCCGGUGGAUGAGAUCAAACUCAAAGAUCUAGACAUUGCACAGGGCCACCCCUCAGCAAUCCGAAGGUCGGCCGUCACAGCAUCAUACGCGGAGAAGGCCCGAGAAGUAGCCCGCGAAAACCCGGGCGUCGUCCUGAUCGAUCUCUGGCAGGCCAUCAUGGGCGAGGCCAUCUCCAUGGCCCCGGGAGACUACCAGCCCGGAGGUCCUUGGCUGGGAUCGCCUGAAAACGGCAAACAGGGGGGCCUGGACACGCUUCUACCGGAUGGGCUUCACUUGGGCGGAGCGGGAUACAAGGUGUUUUUCGACGAGCUCAAGGCGCACAUUGGGCAGGAUAUUGUGCCUGACGAGAGGGGAGAUUAUGUGUUGCCGGACUGGAAAGUGCUGAACCCCCCCAAGCUGAACAUGGCGGCGAAACCAAGGUUGUCCCUCGAGUAG